AUGGCCAGAUCCUCUGUUACUCCUCAUGGAACCCCCUCUCAACUACCCUCCCGCCAGUCUACUUGGAUUGUCACUCCGACCGCAAGCUCUAGCUACGUUAGGCCUAGCCGCAACUUGCAAAGGUCAGUUGGACCAACUACCCAAUCUCAAAGACAGGGGAAGAGUCUUGGUUCCGAAAGCGAAGCAGAGUCUGUUGUCCAAAUCCCACCCAAUCAGCAAUCCAAGAAAAAGCGCACACGUAAACCUCCUUCAACCAAGCAGCGCAAGGCCUCCAUCACUACCAACACAGAUGAUGAUUCUGACAAAGUGGACGGUGUCAUUGAUCACACUCAAGAUUCAGACAAAGAAAACUCAAAGGCCCUGGGACCAAGCAAGAAUAAAACUAGCUAUGACAAUAUCCGCGAGUACUUUGGGGCCCCAUUUCAUGCUAAAGAAAAGGACAAAGGAGAUAAACUGAGUUUCAAAUAG